AUGUCAAAUAUCAAAUAGAUGAGAGAAAAGUAUGAAUAAAUAAAAGCCAACAAUCCUAAAAGAGCAAGUAGUGCUAGAUCUUAAGUCAGUUAAUCCAGAUUAUAAGCUGAAAUGGGUCACUCUUAAUAACGAUUAUAAAACAGUUAAUCGUUAUUAUGUAGUCCUUGCUAUAAUAAGAAAUUAUAUGAGUAACGAGAAUACAUGAAAAGACAAUAAAAUGAAUUAGAAAAGGUUUUAUGUUUUAUUAAUCUCUAUAGAACUUAAUGAAAAGGUAAUUGGAUAUCAAUUUACAGGAAGAGUAAUACAAAUCUUAAGUAGAGAGGUAACAGAUAAUCAAUAGAAAAUAAAUAGAAUAAUUCAAUCUUCAAUUAUCCAGUUAAUUUUAGUUAAAGAAAUAAGAAAUGCAAUCACAACAGAAAGCUCAAGAAAUAGAAUUUGAAAGACAAGUAAUAAGAAAAAACUUAGAUAUUGAAGAGUAAGAAAAGAUAUAGAGAUUAAAAAAAAUAUAGAGUCUUGGAUAAUAAUUAAAAGAAUAGAUUGAAGAGAAGAAAAGAUUGACUUAGCAAGAUUUUCAUUAAAAUAAUGGAAUUAUUGAUGAUCCUUACUGGAGACAUUAAUCUUAAGGAGAAAAGGAAGUUUUACAAAGAAAGAAUUAUUAAUAACAAUAUGUAAAUAAUAAUUGGACACAUUUUGAGAGGGAAAGAUUAAAGAAGAUUAAUUAAUCAAAAUUGGAUUAAGAAAAAGAUAUAUAAGAUAGAGUUAAAGCUUUAAGAGAAUAUCAUUUAUUCUUAUAAUAGGAGAAAUAAGAAAAAAUGAAUUCAUAGAGAUAAUUGAUUUUGGAUUUGACUGAAUAAGUAAAAAGAAAGAAGGAAAGAGAUGCUUAAGAAAAAUAGAUUAAUUAACGUUUAUAAAGAGAAAGAGAUCAAUAAGAUUUAUUAUAAUAAUAAGAAAGAGAAUUAAAGGAAAUAAAAAAUAAGAAGAGUGUCAGUUAAUAAAUGAUAUUGGGAUUAGAGAAUUAACUUAGUUACAAGAAAUCUAAUUAAAGAAAGACUUAAGAAGAUUCAUGCAAUAAUACUUUAUUAUUAUAGUCAUAAAUUAAUAAAUAAUUAGUUCCUUGUUCAAAAUGUAAGAAAUGCUAAGAUCCACAAUUUUUGAGUAUAUUAUGA